UAUGACUCUACAGGGUAGAGACGCUACAAAAAUCCCCCACCAUAUCUGACUAUAAAUUCAAGCCCACCCCUUCCACUUCUCUUUCAUAUUCCUCACCCAUCAGUUCCCUACCUCUUAAUUUCUCUCAAGCCACCCAUCUGCGAUUUUACCUAAACAAAAGCCUGGGUUUUGUUUAAAAUCUUGUCUUUCGUCUAAUUCUCAUUCCACUUUUCUCCUAAGACUUCAAAUUUCUUACAUUUUCAUCCAAAUUCAAGCUCCCCUCUUUCAAACCCCUCCCCUGUUCUGCCCUUUACUCUGUUUUUUUCUUUUCUAUUCAAAUCCUUGUUGUGCAUAUCAACAUGUCGUCAACAUCAAGCACUGUUUGCCAUCAAGGGAUGAAAUCAUGCCUCGAGCCUCUUGUUAGGCUCAAACUGGCUCCACCCAGCUCAAAUUUUCCCUCGACCUCUUGUUGGGAUUGCAAGCCUGACCCUCAAGAGACAGAGGAAAUAUCCCACAUUGAAAAAACCAUCACAACCACAAACAACGACUUGAACUUGAUUGACAGCAAGGACGCUGACAAGCCUGGCUGGAGCUUCCUCCAGUCUCUCGGCAACCCGAAAAAUCAGACCACCAAAACAGAGACUGAAACAGAGAAAGUCUAUGUCCACCCACUUGUGAAGCGCUCUGCUUUAAUGCUGAGCCCAAAAAGCUUGGAAAUGUGCACUGAAAGCUUAGGCAGCGAGACCGGUAGCGAAAAUGGCGGUGAUGACUUUUCUCUUUUUUCGCAACUUGAUGCUGACAUUUCUUUUCUCUCACUUGAAAGUAGUGGAAAAAUUAACCCAACAUGCACUCCCACUACUACUACUAUUACAAGUGAGAGUUCUAAAAUAUCGAGUGACAAUAAUGUUCGAGCUUCACCAAAUAGAUUAAAACGUAGUGUUGCUACUAGUUUUCCUCCUCCUUUAACAUCUAUCAGUGGCUGCAAUGGUGUUCAAGUGAGGCCUCACCGAGAAGGCGGCCGCCUAGUUUUGAAAGCCGUUACUGUCAGCUCUCCUCCAACAGCCUAUUUCCAAGCCGAGCGUGGUGACGGCAGGCUCAGGCUGCUUUUGUUGAAGGACCCUUCUCCGACCUGUGACAUUGAAGAAGCUGGAGAGGAUGAAUGCGAAGAAGAAUGCGCUGUGGAAGAUGAUCAAGCUGUUGAGGUUGAAGAAGAUGAGGUUCAAAAUCAAAUGGAAGCUGAAAAUGAAGCUUAUGAUUGUGAGGAAGAAAAUGGCUUUGAUGUUGAAACAGAGGAAAUGGAUUGGAAGAGUGGAAAUGUGAAAACAGAGGAGAUGGAUGGGAAUGCUGGAAAUGUUGUUGAAGCAGAGGAGAUGGAUGGAAAUAGUGGAAAUGUUGUGGGUGAAAAGGGAAUGGGGAAGCUUCCAAGGCCAAGCAGAUGCAAAGAAGGUCGGCGUGGGAACAAGAAGAUGGUCAUGAACUGGCCGGAGUCUUUUUGGGUCGCCACUUAAACACCUCCUCUUCUCUCUGUCUCUGCCUCUGUCUAAUGAAUAUUUACUUAUGAUUUUCACUUAAUCUCUAGAUUUUUCAGUCAUUAAUAUUUGAAGCUUCUAUAAGCUUCGAAUUUCUCCUCAGUAUGCUAAUGUUAGUUAAUCGUUAUUGGACAUUUCCAUCUCUCUC